UUUGAAAAAUAUAAUCUCAGUCUCUGCUGCUAAACCCUAAAGCCCUUCAAAAUUCACCCCUUCCAAGAUCUUGGGUUGCUUUUUUAUUUUUCUUAAAGACCCUUUUGGAUUUUACAGUUGGUGAAGAAGAAAGAUGCUAAAGACUGCAAUGAGCCCGGCACGCAGUUGUUCAGAUCAUUGUGCUGCUGGUUCGAUUGAGGAAAAGGAUGCUAUGAGAGUUUGGCUGGAAUUGAAACAAAAUGGAUUUCUCUCGCCUUCGCCAUUGUCUCUGUCUGCCUCAAAGCCAAUGCCAAAGCCAAAGCCUGCUCCGAUGCCAAAUAAGAAGCGAGAGAGACAUAGAAAUGCUGGGUUUAGUGAAAAACCGGAGAUUGCAAAGGUGCGGCGAGUUGAUGAGUUGACUAAGGUUGCUGCGUCUGCUUCUGGAUUGCUCAAGAAAAUUAAUCCAGGGACCACACCUUCCGUUGGCAUGCUGCCAACGCCAAAAAAGCACAGUGAGAUGCGUAGGAUUGGUGGACCAAAGGGAUUAUUGAAGGUUUUAAAGGUAGAACCGACUAGCAUGUGCUCUCGGAUCUCUCCACCAUGUGGGUUGCUUAAUGAGUUCAAUCCAGGGAUCAUAAAUCGGAUACGAAGCCGUAAACAGGUAUUUUCAGUGAUUCGGGAUUUUGUUAGAAGAGAUACAAUAGGAAAUAUUGACAUCCCAAGUAAGCAGGAAAAGAGAUCCGGGGAAAAUGAUGUGAUUGGAUGCCCAAAUAGUUCAUCAGGAAGUGACCAACUGGGACUAUGUUCAAAGGGCCGAAGUGACCAUUUGUGUGUGAAAACAGAAUAUGAUGAAGAGGUUGGUGAUUUGGGGAUAGCUGUGAGAAGGGCAGACAAUGAAGAUGACAAAGAUGAAUUGAAGUCAUCCCUAUCUUCAGUUACAGCAUCUGAAAAUGCAAGCAGUUCUGUUCUUGAUGAGGUGUCAGCAAGCACAGCAAGGGGUUCUUCUCUUUCUCUAGAAGAUGCUACUGCAGCUUCUCAAUGGUUGCAAUGUCUUCGCCACGACAUCACAUGGCGUCUUGAAGCAUCGACGCAUGGUAGAACGAGGAUUCAAAAUGCAAUCCAGAGAGAAUUGCCUGCCCUUAUGCUCAAAGAAUUUUCAGUUGACCAAGAAACUGAUUUCUUGGCUGCCAAAAGGUUUGUUUCUUUAAGCAUGGAUGUCCAUAAAGCAAAGUGGAUAAAUCAGUUUGACCGGAUGGAUAAGACACCCAAUGAAGAGGCGGAUCGACUGGUCGGUAAUUAAGCAUGUCACUGGAGUUCCUUCAAGACACUAAUGGCCAUCCACUCUGCAGAAUUUUAUGAGCAUGCACUUAGAUGAAGAUUAUCAUCUAAAAUGACACUUACACUACUGAAUGCUCAACAUCAAUUCUAGGAACUAUGGUUGAACCAGGUAGAUAUGGCCGGCUCUUCUUCAUCAUCACCAUCAAUGGGGUUUGAUUUUGAUGAGAAACUACAUGUUUUAGCUGUUGAAGCUGUUGAUGAUGGCUUGAUAGAUCGGAAAGCUAUUGAAAGGUUACUCAUCAACUCUGAAUAUAAAGGAGCAAAGACAGCUGAUUCUGAUAAAACGGUACUUUCUCUUUCAUAAUCUGAUGUCUAAGCAGAGUAAAUGGCAUCAUUUGCAAAAGGGAACAGAAAAGACUCGAAAAAUUGAUCACGCUGGCUAGGCUUUCACUGCUGCAAGGACUAGCUAGUCUAAUGGACUGCUGCAAGGACUAGCUAGUCUAAUGGAGAACAUGAUUUCCACUUCAGAAGGUGGUCAUGUCACCAUGGAAGUACUUAACAGGGUCACAAAUGCAGGACUCAUUUCCAAAGUGGACGAUGGACUUGAAGGUGAACCUGAUCAUCACAGACUAUUGCAUGCGAGGAAUGACAGGGUAUGAGUUAUUGAAAAGAAUUAAGGAAUCACCUACCAUGAAAGGAGAUACCAGUAGUUGUAGUGUCAUCUGAGAACAUCCCUACUCGAAUUAAACAGUGCAUGGAGGAAGGAGCUCAAGAGUUCUUGCUAAAGCCUCUUCAGCUAUCAGGCGUGACAAAACUGAGUGCCAUAUAAAAAAGCAGAACAAUCCAUCACAAGGAGGCUUUGCAGGGGAAGAUGAACAUGCAGAAAAGAUGUCAAAAGGAGAGACAUGAAAGAAAAAAAUUUGAUUUUGGGGAGUAAUUCUAGGACUACUGCAAUCAAUAGAAGUGUGUUAUACACUAGACUGUUUCAUCCCUUUUGUUAACAUCUAAAGUAGUUAUCUAUAUAUAAGGAGUUGUUUGCCUUU